AUGAAUGGUCAAUUAUAUUUUAGCAUCUUACAAACGGAACUGAAGCGUUCCAUGGCAAAAUUUCCGAAGAAAACUAAAAUGAUUUACCGACAAGAUCUUGCACCAUGGCAUACGUCGGGCAUAGUCAAAGAUAAAAUCACUAAAUUGAAACUGAAUGUACUUGAUUGGGCUCCAAAACGUCCUGACUUGAACCCGAUAGAAAUGUUGUGGUCAAUUAUAGACAAGAAGCUGGCAUCGAAACCAAUUUAUUCUAGAGCGUCCGCGGUGGAGCGGCUUCAAGAAGAAUGGGACAACAUCGAUCAAGAUUUGUGCAUAAAAUUGGUGGAAUCAAUGCCCGAGCGCAUACAAAAAUGUUUAAAAGCAAAAGGUGGACAUUUCUUGUAAAUAAAAUUGUAUUUUUGUUGAUUAUUUUCUAAAUAAAUUAGUGAAACUGAAAAGUGCCUUAAAAUUUUGUCCUCCACUAUAUAUAUGAACGUAUAAGAAAAGAAAAAUCAGUUUAAUUUCGAUCUAUACUAUAAAUGAAAUACUGUAUCAAUACAAAUUACCGAUUAAAUAAAUUUGAUUAAGUAAAAUAAUCAAAAGCUAUAGUCAUUGUUCGAAUAUGAAUUCGAAUUACAACCAAGGGGGAAAGUGCAGGUUUGGAACCCCCAGCACCUCAGCACCUUUUCAGCACCUUCAGCACCUUCAGCACCUUUUCGGCACCUUCAGCACCCGCAGCACCUUUUCUAUAGCGAGAUUUACUUCAGUCGUAUGGAAAUGAAUCGGAAAAACUACUUUCAUUUUCAAUAGUAGAGGUGAAUUUUUUCUUGAAUUAUUCACAGAAUCUGAAUGAGAUUUAUUUCAGAAUAAAAAAGUCAACAGAAAAAGAAAACCAUCCUUCGAAAGUAACCGUAUAUCAAAUUGCAAUAUGAUAUACC